UAUAAAGGGCUUCUUGGGGGGGGAAGUUCAAUUAAGGGUCCAAGUAUAACCGUAUCAGACGCGAAUGGCGAUCACACAAACGAGCUCUAUCUUUACCAAAGUCGCUGCUCAUCCACUCCCGGGCAUAAAUGGCAGAAAGCUUGGUGCCGUAUCGGCCAAGAAGGGAGAUCUUACUGACCCUAGCUCGAAAACCCGGCAACAGCCGGGUUUCGCACUGAGAGUUUCGAACCCAAUCCUUGCGCGAGCUGCCAUUGCAGUGUUUGGACUGGGCUUCAUCGACGCCGGUGGGGACUGGUCGAGGAUCGGCGCGAUCUCGAAGGAGGGCGAGGACUUGCUCAGGAUCGCCGCUUUUCUUGUUGUGCCUCUGUGCAUCUUUGCCAUUUUUUCCACCUCCAAGGAUUCGGAAUCUUGAGGGAAUGUUUGAUUUGAGUUA